UUUUUUUUUUUUGCAAUUUUUAUCAUGUCAACGGCCUCUUCAAAUCAAGGAGCUAGCGAGCUGGGAUAUGAUAUCAUAUCUGCUCUGGACCCCUUCCUGGAAGCUGGUAUAUAUAAUGAUGAUUCCCAAUCUCUCUCUCGCCCUCUCAUCGCUUCUUCACCAGAAGAAACAAAGAUGCAGCAGGGUUCUGGAACAGUACAGAGAUAUUCUUGUUCCAUAUUCCUUCUUACCUUCUUUGUGAUUUACGCAUGCCUUUGUCUAGCAAACUCUCCAAACAAGAGAGACAUGAAUGUGAAGUGGCGAAAGGAACAAAGGAUCAGUUGUAACUUGUAUGAAGGAACUUGGGUGAUCGAUGAUGCUUACCCUCUCUACGAUUCUCAAACUUGCUAUCACAUCCGCAAGGAGUUUGACUGCCAGAAGUUUGGUCGGCCGGAUAAACUCUACCUCAAAUAUAGAUGGCAGCCCAAGGAAUGCGACUUACCCAGUUUCGAUGGUCAAGAGUUUUUACAGAGGUUUAAGGGCAAGAAGAUAAUGUUUAUAGGAGACUCUAUUAGUCUCAACCAGUGGGAAUCUCUAAAUUGCCUUCUUCAUGCAGCUGUGCCAAAUUCCACUAUCAUAGACCAGAGAAAUGACUCGAUUUCUAACACCACGUUUCAGGACUAUGGAGUUUCAGUUCUGCUAUUCAAUUCUCACUACUUGGUAGACAUCGAAGAAGAACAAAUCGGUCGUGUUUUAAAGCUUGAUUCCCUGAAGAAUGGCGACAUGUGGAAAGAAAUCGAUGUUCUGGUUUUCAACACUUGGCAGUGGUGGUACCGUAGAGGACCUAAGCAACCAUGGGAUUACAUUGAAGAUGAAAACAAGGACGUUGUCAAGGACAUGGAUCGGAUGGUUGCUUUUCGAAAAGGUUUAACAACAUGGGCGAAGUGGGUCGAUACAGAUGUGGAUCCUAACAAAACCAGAGUCAUUUUUCAAGGAAUUUCUCCUUCACACUACGAUGGGAAGGGUUGGGACGAGCCAGAAGUAAAGAACUGCUCAAAGGAGACAAAGCCCAUAAACGGGUCGUCUUACCCAGGUGGUUUGCCAGAGGCAGCAUACGUGGUGAAAGAAGUGUUGAGCACAAUAAGGAAACCUGUUCAUUUGCUUGACAUAACGAACCUCUCACAACUGAGAAAAGAUGGACAUCCUGCCUCUUAUAAUGGAUUCAAGGGCAUGGACUGCACCCAUUGGUGUCUUGCUGGAAUUCCAGACACCUGGAAUCAGCUUCUAUACGCGGCUCUCGUGAUCUCUACCUAGCUAAUUAAUCGAAUUCUUCAAUUAAUGUACAAACACAUUAAUGAAAAAAGCCGCGUAGCUAUAUAUAGCUAGCCAUAUUGCAUGAAAGCAUUAAUUAAUUUUUAAGAAAUUACUCCAAUAUAUAGCUAGUACUGAUGAUCUGUUCACGAUUGA